CUUUUCCUUGAUCCUUUGGGAAAUCAUUAACCACAAAGUUCCAUUCCACAACAUAGAUUCUGAUGAGAUUAAAAUCCAGAUUCUCAAUGGAACACUUCCACAACCUGAAACAAGUAAUAACGCACCAGUCAAAUAUCAAGAAAUAAUGAAAAGAGGAUGUAAUUUUGAUCCAAGAAAACGUCCAUCAAUUGAAGAAAUAUUUAAUGUGUUAAAUGAAUUAGAUUCAGAAUGGCAUAAUGUUGAUAUCAGAGAUGAAGAUAAUAAUUUUCUUUCACCAAAUGCUGCAUUUAGAGAUGAUGCUUCAUUUGAAGAUAGUGAAUUCUCAUUUCAUACGGACUUUUCAAAUUCAAAUUAUAGUACAUCCGAUUUAAAUUUAAAUGUUACAACACAUUUUGCGAAAAAACAUUUAACUUUAGAUAAGUUUAAUCCAUUUCGCAAACAUUUAGAUAUUGAAGAUGCGAUUAAAUUACAUAAUGGAAGACAAUAUAAGAAGGCAUGGAAGUUGUUUAAAGAAAUCGAGAGAAAAACUGGGACACCUGAUGCAAAAUUUUGUGUAGGAUAUUAUUACCUUAAAGGUUUUCAUGAAGGACGUGGCGGCAUAUCAGAUCCUGACACAAGCUUAAAAUAUUUAUAUCAAGCAGCGAAAGAUGGUCAGCGUAACGCUCAAUAUUGGUACGCUGAAGUACUUUUAAAUUCAAAUUAUAAAUUAAAAGCUCAAAAAAUUGAUAGAGACCAUAAACUUGCGAUGGCAUUUUUGGAGGCGGCCGCAAAACAAGGUUGUGUUUCCGCCCUGAGAGACUUGGGAGAAAUUAAGAAGAAAGGGAAGUAUGGUAGCUCUCAUGAUCGUACUAUUGGGAAGAAUAUGAUUAGAAAAGCUCAUACUAUGAGUUUACUUUAUUCACUAGAUGGCUUAAAAUAG